AUGAUUAUUAGUCCUAUCAUCACUUAUGGCGCAAUCGUCUGGUGGUCAAGGACUAGAUUGAGCUCCGCAAGGUCUAAUCUUAACAGACUACAAGGAAUGGUCUGUGUAGCCCUGUCAGGCUGUCUCAGGACCACUCCUACAGCUGCUCUAGAGAGCUUACUUGGGUUUCUUCCAUUGAACUUACGCGUUGAAGUUGAAGCUCAGACAGGCGUAAAGCGUCUUAUGUACCUUGGCCUAUGGAAAGAGAAUUCCAAACACUUGUCAUGGGGACAUCUUGUUUCACAAGUGAAGGAUUUAUCCUCUUUUAUUAUGCCUAGUGAUUUUAUGUCACUAAGAUAUGCUUUUCACAAGCCCUUCAAGAUCCAUUUUCCUACUAGAGAUGAAUGGUUCAAUUCUCCUCGGUGGCUUAAAGGCAAAUGCCUGAUAUGGUACACUGAUGGGUCAAAGAUUGGUGCCAAAUCAGGAGCAGGAAUUUACUGCUCCAAUGAUGGUACCAAACUUCACUUUCCCCUGGGAAAUUAUGCCACCGUUUUUCAGGCUGAGGUCUAUGCCAUUAUCUUGUGCUGCAAGUUAUGCAUAGACAAAGGAUAUCAAAAUACGACUAUCCGCAUCUGUUCUGACAGUCAGGCUGCUCUCCUAUCACUGUCAAGGUGUAAAUUCACCUCUUUGUUAGUGUGGGAAUGCUUCUCGGUCCUCUGUGACCUGUCCGCUCAUAACAAGGUAUCCCUGCAUUGGGUACCUGGACAUAUGGGUAUUGGUGGAAAUGAGCUAGCUGAUGAAGCAGCACAGGCUGGCUCUAAUGCAAUUUUUUGGGGCCCUGGACCUGCGCUGGGAAUUUCUCCCUCCUCAUUUAGGGCAACCAUUUUCAAACUCUACGGCAAGAUUGCCCAUGAACAAUGGCGCGCUGCUGACGGUCAGAGACAAGCUAAGGAGCUGAAUCGAGAGACUGUCCUAGUGUACGUCAAAAGAAGCUCUUAA